GGAUUUGGACCUCCACAAGCCUGGUCUGUGAAUGAAGUUGCCUGGAGCCAGUGCAAGAUCUUUUAAGGAUAGAGUGAAGAAAGAUCCUGAUCUCUGCCAGUCACUAUGUAGAGGUCAAGCCUCAUCCUGCAAACGGGCUUUGAUCGCCCGAGUCUGUGUUCUUACUGGACGCGCCUGACAAGAUGGAGUCGCCGACCUCCUCCAGGCUGAAUUCCCGGAAGAGAAGAAAAGAUGGAUCUGGCCCCAAUGGGGCGGCAGAGCCUGAUGGAAUCCCUCCAAAAAUGUCCCGACGAUCAUUUGGGCUGCGGGAGCCAGCUCCGUUUUCAGAUGAAGUGGAAAUGGAUUACAGCAAGCCAUACAUCAGAGUAACAUAUGAAGAAGCGAUGAGAGGAACCCCCUUGGAUCGCCCUGUCAGAGUUUAUGCGGAUGGAAUAUUUGACUUGUUUCACUCUGGACAUGCCCGGGCCUUGAUGCAAGCCAAGAACCUCUUCCCAAACACAUACCUCAUUGUAGGAGUCUGCAGCGAUGAGCUAACCCAUAACUUCAAGGGCUUCACAGUAAUGAAUGAAAACGAGCGGUACGACGCCGUGCAGCACUGUCGCUACGUGGACGAAGUGGUGAGAAAUGCACCAUGGACCCUCACACCGGAGUUCCUGGCAGAGCACAGGAUCGAUUUUGUUGCACAUGAUGACAUCCCCUAUUCUUCUGCUGGCAGUGAUGACGUUUAUAAGCAUAUAAAAGAAGCAGGCAUGUUUGCACCAACCCAGAGGACGGAGGGGAUCUCAACAUCAGAUAUCAUCACCCGGAUUGUGCGGGACUACGACGUUUAUGCCAGAAGAAACCUGCAAAGGGGCUACACAGCUAAAGAGCUCAAUGUCAGCUUCAUAAAUGAGAAGAAAUACCACCUCCAAGAACGUGUGGAUAAGGUGAAAAAGAGGGUGAAGGACGUAGAGGAGAAAUCCAAGGAGUUUGUCCAGAAAGUGGAGGAAAAGAGUAUCGAUCUCAUCCAGAAGUGGGAAGAGAAGUCCCGGGAGUUCAUCGGCAACUUCCUGGAGAUGUUUGGCCCAGAAGGUGCAUUGAAACACAUGCUGAAAGAGGGCAAGGGCCGGAUGCUGCAGGCCAUCAGCCCAAAGCAGAGUCCCAGCAGUAGCCCCACACAUGACCGUUCCCCAUCUCCCUCGUUCCGCUGGCCUUUCUCAACCAAGACUCCUCCUUCCUCGCCGGCCAACCGUGCCAGGAAUGAGUCCACGGUCACCUACGACAUCAGUGAGGAUGAAGAGGAUUAAGCUGCCAGCCGGGCUUUGCUGCGAGUCGCUGAUGCCAAGUCACAAGUCCGGACUCAUUGGGGAGCUCUGAAUGAGCACAAGAGCCAUAGGAACAGGGCUGACGUGGGCACGGGCACCCAAAGGCACCCGGCGCGGUUAGCAGGGGCUGCUGCCUGGAAGCACAUUCAAAUAUCUUCUCCUCUUCCCUUCUCCCUCCUUCCCUUUUUAUUGUUUACGUUCUAACGGUUUCCAGGGGAAAGAUGGUUUUUAUAUUUUAAGAAAAUACUCUUUUUAAACACAAAGAAUAGCACUCAAGUGUGGCUCUUAUUUUGGUUUCUUUUCCCCUGUUAAACCUUCAGGUGAGAGGGAGAGUGGGAUGCAGUGCCCAGACCCCUCCGUCCCUCCUUUCCUUCCUCUCCUGUCUUAAUCCCUCGUAUGCCCAGGCGGUAUUUGUGCUGCUGCCAAACGAAAGAUCUCACAGUUCCUCAAAACUGACCUCAAAAGCAGGCAGGAAGCAGUUGGCUAGAAAGACUGUUAGGAAAUAGAGACCUCUGUGCCGCACUGGAUCCGAUAGGGAUCUAUCUGAUGCACUCUGUAGUGCUGUAGUGUCUCUUAGUGCCCCAGCACGUUGCAGUGCAGAUGUGCUGGGGAAGGGGCUGCCAGCUGGCCAUGAAGGAGUCUGGUCCUGCAAAAAAAUCCCCAAAUCUGUGUGAGGGCUGCCGGGGAAGGGCCUUUCCAACCUGUCUUGACAAGACUGUGAAAUCUAGAGCUAAAAUUCAGCCCUCAGUUGCUGUUGGAGGGAAGAGACGGAGUCUUUCUUUCAGAGUACUUGCUGUCUGUGUGUUCCCUUGAGUGUGAAAGUCCAUGUAGGAAAUGGAUAUGUGUGUGCUGCUUGGAAAAGCUGCUUGUCCUAGUCUCCGGUGUGUGUAUUUGUUGUGUCUGCCCAGAAGGCUCCUCUGCACUGUGCUGGGUACGUGUUUGUCUGCAUUUCAGUCGCCGUGCUCUCCGGGCUGGGGCACUCGUGUACUGGUGCUGUGAAGCUGCCGCUGUGAGGACAAAACGUGGAUUCAUGUGGCCGAUUUGGUGUCCGUGUUGGUGCGCGCGGUUGGACAGAGGAAGGACGCGUUUUACUGCGGUCGGAGGGGAUGGUCCCACGUGACGGUUACCUGGGCUGCACGUUAUGUGCAAAAAUCUGUGCUCCCCUGCGCCAGCCCCGAAGGGAGAGGGCUGAGGGAGCGUCAGAGGGAGCUGCUGCUUUUUAAGGUUUUAAACAUAGCCACCUGCUUGUCUUGAAGCCGCGGUUCAAGUCCUGCCCGCUGUUGUGUGCAGCGAGUGUCGAGCUUGGUGCCCUGCCGCGUGGAGCUCGCGGUGUUGCAGCCGUGGAGCUCCCGCUCGCUUCUCUGCUGGGGCCUUCUGUGGCACUCCUGGCUCCACGAGCUGCGGCGCUUCCCGCUGGGAGCGCACGAGGACGGGCUCGCAGGCCGACCAGCAAUGGCGCRAGGGGCUCCGCGCGCUCCCCGCGAGGCCUCGGCCGUGCUGCCGCGCGCCCUGCGCCCCGAGGUGCUUCCACGUGUUCCUGCUGCUGCUUGUGUCCUGCCCUUCCUGGGUCCUGUCGCCCAGAUGCCUUGGCAGAGACCCGUGUGAGACGCUUCUUGUCACCCCGCUGCUGUUGAGCCUAAAAUGGUGCAGGAAACGGCACUGGGGGUUCUCUCCUGCCACUUGGCCUCUGGAGCACGGCUGGCUGCUAUUCAUUUUUAAGCUAUAGUGAGCAAACACCGUCACUUGAUAGAAACCAGUUGUUAAUCCCCUGGUUUGUGAGGGAUAGAGCACUUAUAUACCCACRUUCUCU